AUGGAUAAAGUAAGAAAAAGCGAUGUUCCAAGCCAUUCCAAACAAUGGACAACAUUUUUUGAGAAGAAAAUUCUUCAUGACCCAACACACAAAGAAAUUGAGCGGCAAGAAAAACUACUCGCUGACGACUAUGACAAGAAACUGCUUAGUUGUGCUUCUACGACUGAAGACUUACGCCAUUGGAAGACGAGAAGAUUCAUCGACAAAAACGAAAGGCAAGUAAGAAGAGAAGGUUAUGGAGUGAAGGAGUACUUAUUGCAACCAUUACGAAGGGUUACCAGUUUCUCAACUGGUUAUUACGAUGAUAGUGCAUCACCAGCCAACAACGUGCAGUUGUGUAGACAUAAAUUGAACAGGAAACCAGCCAGGACUUCAUGGAAUUACCAUCAUGGUGUGACAAGUGUCGAGUGGUGUGACGAGGUUUCACAGGAGCAAAGAGAAAGUCUGGAAAAGUGCUUGCAAGUAAACGCGAUGACUUUGAAUCAAAAUGUAGGACAGAGAGAAUGACUAUCAGACGCUUGCCUUUAUCGCAAAAAUCACUGCCAGUGCUUCUUUCUGAAUAUAUCGGAAGAUUGGUCAAUCUGUAUGGCUGAAGAACGAAAUUUGUUUGUGCUGAUCUAAGGCGAACUUUGGUUUGACAUUUGACUGAGUCUUAUAUUUUGUAUUUUUAAUGGUUAC